AUGUCUCUUCCCCCUGUUUACAUCGUUUCCUCAGCCCGCACGCCAUUGGGCUCUUUCUUGGGAGCUCUGUCUUCCCAGUCUGCCACCCAGCUUGGUUCCCAUGCCAUCAAGGGAGCAUUGGACAGAGCAGAAGGCAUCAAUCCUGCUGAUGUCGAAGAGGUUUUCUUCGGAAAUGUCUUGUCGGCCGGUGUUGGACAAAACCCCGCUAGACAGGCUGCCCUCGGCGCAGGCCUUCAGGACUCUACAAUUUGUACAACUGUCAACAAAGUCUGCGCUUCUGGUUUGAAAGCCAUCAUUCUCGGCGCUCAGACUAUCCAGACCGGCGGUGCGGAGAUCAUCGUGGCUGGUGGCAUGGAGUCUAUGUCAAACACUCCUCAUUACAUCACAAAUUUACGAACCGGUGCUAAAUAUGGCCACCAGAACAUAGUGGACGGAAUCAUGAAAGAUGGUCUGAUGGAUGCGUAUGGAAAACAAGAGCUCAUGGGCUUACAAGCCGAGGAAUGUGCCCAGGACCAUGGCUUUAGCCGUGAAGAUCAGGAUGAAUAUGCGAUUCGUUCUUACCAGCGUGCUCAAGCCGCACAGAAGGCCGGACUCCUGGAUGGAGAGAUUGUUCCUGUAGAACUACCUGGAUUCAGGGGUAAGCCGGGCGUUACCGUCUCUCAGGAUGAAGAGCCAAAGAAUCUUAACCCCGACAAACUCAAAGCAAUUAAACCUGCCUUCAUCCCAGGCACCGGCACCGUAACUGCGCCCAACUCAUCACCCCUCAAUGAUGGAGCUGCUGCUGUCGUUCUCGUCUCUGAAGCGAAAUUGAAAGAACUUAAUCUGAAGCCAAUUGCAAAGAUCUUGGGCUGGGCAGACGCUGCUCAGAAACCCAGCAAAUUCACUACCUCCCCGGCCCUCGCCAUCCCCAAAGCUCUCAAGAAGGCCGGCGUUUCUCAAGAUAACAUCGAUGCUUUCGAAAUCAACGAAGCUUUCAGCGUUGUGGCCCUUGCCAACCUUAAGCUUCUUGGAUUGUCUGAAGAAAAGGUCAACGUCCACGGCGGUGCUGUUGCUAUUGGUCAUCCUCUUGGAGCCAGUGGUGCUCGUAUCAUCGCUACACUUUUGGGGGUGUUGAAGGCGAAGAAUGGUAAGCUUGGAUGUGUCGGUAUCUGCAAUGGAGGUGGCGGUGCUAGUGCCUUGGUUCUGGAGUCGCUCCAAUGA